CCUUUUUCUCCCGCUGCCUCUCCCUUCUUCUUCUUCUUCUUCUUUUCUCCUUUCCUCCAUCCCCCUUGAAGUGUCCCCAAGCUCUCCUUGACACUCAACCAAAAGUUGUUUGAAUCUCCCCUCUUCCUUUCAUUCAUUUUUCUUUCUUCAGCUUGUUUCCAUCACACUUGUCAAGAUGGCCAAGGGUGAGGUUAACCAGGCGGACAAGACCGUCUUCGGAAUGCCGGGAUUCGUUGUCGACUUCCUCAUGGGUGGUGUUUCUGCCGCUGUCUCCAAGACCGCUGCUGCCCCCAUUGAGCGUGUCAAGCUCCUGAUCCAGAACCAGGAUGAGAUGAUCAAGGCCGGUCGUCUCGACCGCAAGUACACCGGUAUCGUUGACUGCUUCAAGCGUACCGCCGCCUCCGAGGGUGUUGUUUCCCUGUGGAGAGGUAACACUGCCAACGUCAUCCGUUACUUCCCCACCCAGGCCCUGAACUUCGCCUUCCGUGACACCUUCAAGUCCAUGUUCGCCUACAAGAGAGACCGCGAUGGCUACGCCAAGUGGAUGUUCGGUAACCUCGCCUCCGGUGGUGCUGCUGGUGCCACUUCCCUUCUCUUCGUCUACUCUCUCGACUACGCUCGUACCCGUCUUGCCAACGACGCCAAGUCUGCCAAGGGCGGUGGUGACCGCCAGUUCAACGGUCUCGUCGACGUCUACAAGAAGACCCUUGCUUCCGAUGGUAUUGCCGGUCUCUACCGUGGUUUCGGUCCUUCUGUUCUUGGUAUCGUCGUCUACCGUGGUCUGUACUUCGGUGUCUACGACUCCGUCAAGCCUCUCGUCCUUGUUGGUCCUCUUGAGGGUAACUUCCUUGCUUCUUUCUUGCUCGGCUGGACUGUCACUACUGGUGCUGGUAUUGCUUCUUAUCCUCUUGACACCAUCCGUCGUCGUAUGAUGAUGACCUCUGGUGAGGCCGUCAAGUACGCCUCUUCCUUCGACUGCGCCCGCCAGAUUGUCGCCGCUGAGGGUGUCAAGUCCCUCUUCAAGGGUGCUGGUGCUAACAUCCUUCGUGGUGUCGCUGGUGCUGGUGUCCUGUCCAUCUAUGACCAGGUCCAGCUCCUGCUCUUCGGCAAGAAGUACAAAUAGACAAAUCGCCCCAUGCGAGAUUUGUCAACCAUAACAAAUUUAUCGGGGAAAGGGGGGCUGGAUAAUGCCUAGCAUAACUGCUGGGUGUUGAGGUGUAGCCGUGGAAGGUUUUGUUUCUAAUCAAAAGAUAGAGGUAUGCAUCAAGGAGGGACACAUUUUUCUUGAAGCAUACAAGAGUGUCACUAUUUUCCCUUUACACCUGUUGUACUUUACUGCCAGCAAGCUUUUCAUUUCCUAGAGUUGUAUUUCCUUUAUGGCACGCAAAUUGAAUUAUAUUUUCAUGUCUUU